GACUUUCUCUCCAACGCCUCCACGAAUUCUGAGUCCGACCAUUGCAACAUGGCCUCCUCCGGGGAUCCGUAUUUGAUCCUUCCGGGCUCUUCGGCCUUCUCCGACUUUCGUCUCAAGGCUUUUGCCCGCAAGAUUGGAGCCACUGACGUCCGCGCCGUCUGGCUUCAUUUCGUCAACCCUUUGAAAGAUUUGGACGAGAGGGAAUUGGAUACCUUGAAGCAGAUCCUCCACUAUGGCGAGGAUCCGGAUACCCAGGAUCGACUCACCCAGAUCUUACUAGAUGCGAUCCAUAACAACAGCGCCCCGAAAGACGACAACACCUCGCUCUUCUACGUUUGCCCUCGAGCCGGAACGAUCUCGCCAUGGAGCUCGCUCGCAACCAUGAUUGCACGAACCUGCACCCUCGAAGAUGCCGUAAAACGCAUCGAGCGUGGUGUAGUCUUCGCCGCAACCUUCGACAAGCCCCUCGAGUCUGACUCCAUCCCCAACCAAGAUACCCUCUACGAUCGGAUGACCCAGACCAUCAGUCGCGAUGCGCCCAACCUAGAGCUUAUCUUCGGCGAGCACGACCCUGCUCCGGCUACAACCUUGAGCUUCGAGGAGUACGGAACUCCCAAGGAAGCAUUGGAGCACGCGAACCGCGAAUUGGGUCUGGCCAUGGACGCCUCUGAGAUCCAAUACUUGGUUGAGGCAUACACCCAGGAGUUGAAGCGAGGUCCUGUAGACGUCGAGCUCUUCAUGUUUGCUCAGGUCAACUCAGAGCAUUGCAGGCACAAGCAGUUCAACGCCGACUUCACCAUUGACGGAAUGCGGAAGCCAUACUCGUUGUUCGGCAUGAUCCGGAACACACACCAGAAGCAUCCCGAGCACGUCGUGAGCGCGUACAGUGACAACGCCGCUGUUCUUCAGGGAGAAUCGGCCGCUUUCUGGGCACCCAACUACACUACUGGAGAAUGGACGGGAACGAAGGAGACAGUGCACAUUUUGUGCAAGGUCGAGACACACAACCACCCCACAGCCGUGUCACCUUUCCCCGGUGCUGCUACUGGCUCUGGUGGUGAGAUCCGUGACGAGGGAGCCGUCGGACGUGGAUCUAAGCCCAAGGCUGGAUUGGCUGGAUUCACUGUAUCUGACCUCCUCAUCCCUGGAUUCGAUCGACCUUGGGAGUUGAAAGACGUUGGCAAGCCUGCACAUAUCGCAAGCAGUCUUGAUAUCAUGUUGGAGGCCCCCAUCGGCAGUGCCGCAUUCAACAACGAAUUUGGCCGCCCUUGCACCACUGGUUACUUCAGGACGCUCCUCGUGAAAGUCUUCACGAAUGAGAAAGAAACGGAAAUUCGUGGAUACCACAAGCCUAUCAUGCUGGCUGGUGGUGUUGGAACCGUUCGACCCCAACAUGCUCUCAAAGAUCCUGAUAUCGUGCCAGCUGGCUCCCACCUGCUGGUCAUUGGUGGACCAGCCAUGCUUAUUGGUCUCGGCGGUGGUGCUGCUUCAAGCAUUCAAUCUGGCGAGGGCAAGGUUGAUUUGGACUUUGCUAGUGUGCAAAGAGGCAACCCAGAGGUGCAGAGGAGAGCACAGGAAGUCAUUGAUGCUUGCCGCUCCAUGGGCGAUACCAACCCAAUCCUGUUCAUCCACGAUGUCGGAGCGGGAGGUCUUUCCAACGCUCUUCCCGAGCUUGUUCACGACUCUGGGCUCGGUGCCGUCUUCGAGCUGAGAGAGAUUGACAGCACUGAUCGAGGAAUGAGCCCUCUUCAGAUCUGGUGUAACGAAGCCCAGGAGCGAUAUGUUCUCGCUGUCGGGCCCAACGAUCUUGAACUUUUCAAGAAGAUCUGCCACCGUGAGAGGUGCGGAUACUCGGUUGUGGGAACUGCAAAAGACGAGCAGCGCCUCGUCCUCACUGACCGCGAGUCAAAAGACCACCCCAAGCCCAUCGAUCUGCCGAUGCCUGUUCUCUUCGGAAAGCCACCCAAGAUGUCUCGUAUUGUAGAGUCUCGAAAGCUCCACCUCCCAGCCUUCGACAGCAGCUUGUCUAUUUACAUCCCAGACACCCCCAAGGAUGCGCUAAUCCCCGAAGCCGUGGAUCGUGUACUCACCCUCCCUGCUGUAGGCUCGAAAUCCUUCCUUAUCACCAUUGGAGACCGUACCGUCGGUGGUGUUACCGUCCGAGACCAGAUGGUCGGCAAGUGGCAGACUCCUGUCGCUGACGUUUCCGUCACUGCCACCUCUUUGAUGGCAGGUGUCAGGACCGGAGAGGCCAUGGCUAUGGGAGAGAAGCCCACUCUGGCACUCAUUUCCCCCGCCGCAUCUGCUCGUAUGGCUGUUGCUGAGUCUUUGAUGAACUUGGCCGCAGCCAGCACGUUCGACAGGCUAUCAAGGGUCCGAUUGUCCGCCAACUGGAUGUCGGCCAGCAGCCACCCUGGUGAGGGAGCUGCUUUGUACGAAGCUGUCGAAGCCAUCGGUAUCGAUCUUUGCCCCAAGUUGGGCAUCUCCAUCCCCGUCGGAAAGGACUCCAUGAGCAUGAAGAUGAAGUGGUCCGACGCCGAGACCAAGGCUGCUAAGGAGGUCACUGCACCAAUGUCGCUCGUCAUCACUGCCUUCGCUCCAGUGAACCGUACCGACCGCACAUGGACUCCCGCCCUGGAACGAAUUGAAGAUGUCGGCGAGACUGUCCUCAUGUUCGUUGAUCUUGCCGCUGGCAAGAAGCACAUGGGAGGUUCCGCGCUUGCUCAGACUUUCGGACAAGUGGGCGACGAGGCCCCAGAUGUCUACGAUGCGGAUGUCCUGAAGGACUUCUACGACGCUGUCGAACAGCUCCACGAUUCUGGCAUCGUCUUGGCCUACCACGACAGGUCUGAUGGUGGUUUGUUCACUACUCUCGCGGAAAUGAUGUUUGCCGGCCGAUGUGGUCUCGAGAUCAUGAUGGACGGCAUCGCACGUACUUCGGAUCCCAAGGAUGUCAUCGAGACCCUCUUCAACGAAGAACUUGGUGCCGUUUUCCAGAUCCGCAAGAAGGAUGAGGUCGAGUUCAACCGCUGCUUCGCUACUUGCGGACCACCCCCGGGAAUGAUCAAGAAGAUUGGACGUGUCCCAGAGAGCACCAAGCAGGAGAUCUCGCUCGCAUACGGAUCCAAGAUCAUCUACCGCGCCAGCCGUUCAUCCCUACAACAACGAUGGGCAGCCACAUCCCACCAGAUCCAACGACUCCGUGACAACCCCGAGUGCGCAGACGUCGAGUAUGCCAACAUCAAGGACGACAAAGAUCCGGGUCUCUCCUACAACCUCACCUUCAACCCCAAGGACACCAUCCUGCCCCUGAAGACCUCCAUCUCCUCCGCCUUCACAUCUAAACCCCGCGUCGCCAUCCUCCGAGAAGAAGGUGUCAACGGCCAAGCAGAAAUGGCCUUCGCCUUCCACAUGGCCGGCUUCUCCGCCAUCGACGUACACAUGACCGACAUCAUCUCCGGCCGCGUCUCCCUCGCCGGCUUCGUCGGCCUCGCAGCCUGCGGCGGCUUCUCCUACGGCGAUGUCCUGGGUGCCGGACAAGGCUGGGCGAAAUCCGUCCUCUUCCACCAAAACACCCGCAAAGAGUUCUCCGACUUCUUCUCCCGCCCAGACACCUUCUCCCUCGGCGUCUGCAACGGCUGCCAAUUCCUCUCCAAACUCAAGACCCUCAUCCCGGGUGCCUCCCUCUGGCCGACCUUCGAGCGCAACGCGAGCGAGCAAUACGAAGCCCGCGUCUGCAUGGUCGAAAUCACCGAUUCCCCCUCCGCGCCCUCCCCCUCCGUCUUCCUACACGGCAUGCACGGCUCGCGCUUCCCCAUCGUCACCGCCCACGGCGAAGGCCGCGCCACCUUCCCGUCCUCCCCCUCCGCCACCACAUCCCCAGAAACCCUCACAAACGCGGGCCUCGUCUCCCUCCGCUACGUCGACAACCGCGGCAACCCCACCACAACCUACCCCUUCAACCCCAACGGCAGCCCCCUCGGCAUCACGGGCGUCCGCAGCGAGGACGGGAAGGUCCUGGCGCUCAUGCCGCACCCCGAGCGCACGAUCGUCCGCGAGGUCGCGAGCUACAUCCCGCGCGGCAAGAUGGAGGAGUGGGGUGAAUUGGGGCCAUGGAGUCGUAUGUUUAGGAGCGCGAGACGCUGGGUCGGAUAGAACGUCAUCGUCAUCGUUCGCAGCUUAUAAACGAAAAUGUAUCGUAAAAAUGGGUUGGGUGGAUUGGGAGUCGGGAAUGUCAUGUGUAUGGAGUUGGUUUGUUUAUCAUUCAUUUUUUUGCGGUUUUGGUUUUGAGGGACGCAUGAGGGAAGGAUGGGGGGUUUAUGACAUACUGUAGUAUGUAAAUAAGAAAAAAGACACGAUAUGUGGUUUUUAGGAUC